UCAAAGUCAAUUUUGAACUUUUGAAGGUAACCACAUCAACAAAGUUGUAUAUUUCUCUAUUUUUUUUAUAUAAAACGUGCUUAUUUUAUUAGUUAUGAAUGUUCCAAACAAACGCAAAGACACAAUGGAAGACAAUAAAGCUCCGAAAAGAGUGAAAAAGGAAUGCAGUUAUGGUGAGACGUGUUACAGACGAAAUCCUGCGCAUUUUAGGGAGUUCAGUCAUCCACAUUUGGAAAAUAUCCUAGACACCAGUACUGGAGACGACUAUGUCAUACCAGACCGUCUCAGUCUACAGCGUCACAUGAUCAUAGAACAGUUAGAGGUUAUCAUUGAGAAACAGCUCUAUGAACCGAAGAGGCAGAAAGAUGAGUGUACUAGUGCAUCGACCACAGAAACCCAGCAACCAUCUCAACCAUCACAAAAAUACGUCGACACGGGAACUAUGCCAAAAACUAACAAUGAAUCGGCUAAUAUUAAAACAGAAGACAGACUCACAGUCAAUAAGAGAGAUGAAAGUAGAUCUGUAGAGAAAGGGAGAGAAAAGACAUCUCCUGCUGGAAAAGAGAGUGAGUUGAAAAGAGACAAAGAUAAUGAGAGAGAUAGGGAUAUUAGUGGAAGUGGUACUUCAUCAGCAUCGAAGACCAAAGGAGCAGGCUACGUUCCAAUAAUUCCGCCCACCCGUCGCGCAGAAGACUUCCUCAAAGUAGUGCGCCCGCGCGGCAAAAUGGCUGAGAAACACGCAGCGAGCGCCCCCUACCAUAUCUUCUAUACAACUAUUACUGAUGCCAAAGAGACGCACAGCCAGCCGUAUUCUAUCACAUUUCUAGAAAUCCUGGACUCGAGUUUGGGGGAACUAAAAUGUUCGUUGCAAAUCAACUUCAUGGUGGAAGUAGCUUGGCUGUUGGCGCAGUACUACUUUGCUGGGUACAGUCAGAAACCCCUGACGAUCCUGUACGGCGAGGACUGCUCAGACCUGAAGACCAUCAACAGCAAGAAGCCUCAUGUGGAUGCCCACUACGUGGCCAUGCCCACACCUUUCGGGAAGCACCACACUAAGAUGAUGGUUUUGUGUUAUGAAGACGGCUCACUGCGUGUGGUGGUGUCUACCGCCAACCUGUAUGUUGAUGACUGGGAGAACAGGACGCAGGGCCUCUGGAUGAGCCCCGCGUGCCCCGAGCUGCCUCCGGGUGCUAUGCCCCACGACGGGGAUUCCCCCACUGGGUUCAAGAAGUCGCUGCUGCGGUACCUGACCCACUACCAUAUGCCUCAGCUCAGCUACUACGUGGAGAGAGUUAAGAGGUGCAACUUCAGUCAUAUUAACGUCUUCCUGGUAGCAACAGCACCUGGCGGCCAUUUCGACGAUGAUUGGGGCCUCAAACGCGUCGGGUCCCUACUGCGACAGCACUGCUGUAUACCCCCCGAGGAGACCAGACAGUGGCCACUUGUGGCACAGGCUAGCAGCAUUGGGAGUUAUGGCAAAGAACCCAAGCUCUGGCUGACAGGUGACUUCCUCCACCACUUCACCAGGAUCAGGAACCAGUCACAGAUGCUGUCCACACCUCCUGAACUGAAGCUCAUCUACCCUUCAUUAGAGAAUGUCCGCCAGUCCCACGACGGGCUGCUGGGCGGCGGCUGCCUGCCCUACGGUGCGGAUGCCCAUGCCAAACAGACAUGGCUGAACAACUACUUAUUCCAAUGGAAGGCCACAUCAUCACACAGGAACCGCGCGAUGCCACAUAUCAAAUCUUACACGCGCAUCAACAAAGACGCAUCACUCGCCGCCUUCUACCUGCUGACGUCAGCCAACGUCAGUAAAGCAGCUUGGGGACAAAUUAAUAAAGGAAACGCUGCCUUAAGGACAAUGAGUUACGAGGCCGGAGUGCUGUUUCUACCGAAAUUUGUCAUAAACGCAGAUUUCUUCCAGUUGGACCCUAACGCCAGCGACCGUCUGGUCGUUCCUUACGACCUUCCUCCCACCAAGUAUACUCCUGACAUGACACCCUGGGUACAGGACUACUUACGAUGAUGAUGAGGAGAUUUCCAGUAUGUGCAGUGAUUUUAGUUCUUGCAGUUUCGAAGAGAUGGCGUUCAAAUCACUUUUGGAAGUUCAUACAAGCAAAUAGAUGUAAAAUAGUAUUGCCGCUCGAUAGCGCCCUAUCGAUAGUUUUCGAUCGAACUAUCGAUAGUUUAUCAAAAAAACGAUAGUAUCGAUAACGAUAGUAUCAACUCUAUCCAUAGUAUCGAUAGUAUCGAUUGCUAAUUUUUAGCGAUACUAUUGAUAAGUAACGAUACUAUCGAUAGUUUUGUACGAUAGCUUGCGCAAUAUCGAAGAGCGAUACUAUCGAUAGUAUCGAUACUAUCGAUAGUUAAAAGAUGAAAAACUAUAGAUAGUAUCGAUACUAUCGUUGCUUAUCAUUGGUAUCGCCAAAAAAGAGCUAUCGAUAGUAUCCUACCGAUAGACCUAUCGGUUGGGUAGAUGAUUUUGGCUGUUUACUAUCGAUAGUAAAACUAUCGAUUUUUCGGCAACACUAAUGUAAAAUACGCUACUUGUCAACCUAAUCAAAUGAGAUUUGUUUUUGGUUUUCCCCGAAGGGUAAGGUAAAGGGACCCAUACAGCCAUGUCUUAUUUUUUUUUCUUGAUGAUUAAUGAAAUGAUGAAAGGUGAUGACGAUGAAUGAUGAAACCUAAGCCCCCACUCUCGGAGCAGACUCCUACUCCGAACCCCAAACGAAUUAACUCAAAAGUCCGCAUAAACUUUCGAGUUAGAAAGCGGCUUGUUGGCACGAAGCGAAAAUAGAUAGGUACACUUUGUUUAUUGAAUAUUAAAUAAUCAUCAUUAUCAUCAUCAGCCCAUUAACGU